AUGGGUCUCUUUAAGCGCAAGGACUCGAGGAACUCGGUUCAGAGUGAGAGGGAUGAACAGGAAUCAUUCGUGUCCGUCAACAGCGCUCGUACUUCGAAUACGUCCCUCAAAUCCCCCGGUUACAAAGGCAGCGGCCUCCCGGCCUCCAUCCCCGAGAUGCCCAUCGCGAACCCGCCAGAUCCAGCAUUGGACCCCGCCGCCUAUCUCCGAAGCAUCCACGCGGUUCGUGACCGCGCCAACAUCGUCCUAGCCCGAGCCAAGCGGAAUCAACUCAACCAUUUCGACGUGGAUUUGUCCAAACUCAAGGCUACCGCUUCUUAUGUUGUAUCCAUCAUAAAGGUAAACAUGACACUUGACCUAUAA